AUGUCACGAGAUCUCGACUCCAUCGUCAAGGGCGCUGCGACGGUGCCAUCCGACCCGAACAAGAGCAACACGACACCCAUCGCCACGCCUUCGGGACGAGCGGGCGACCCGACCAACAACGCGCCCAACACGCCGUCGAUGGUGUACCUCAACCUGCUGAUCCUCGAGGCCUCCCUGCGCGCGCAGUUCCUGGAGCUCCGUGCGCGUCGGCGGCACCACACCUUUUUCAUGACGCUGCUGACGGCCUGGAUAGCCCUGUUCGGGUGGCUGGUGUUUCUGGCGCCGCGCGAGGACGGGCUGGGAAUGGGAGGGUCCAUCUACUGGGCCGUCGAGGGCGCGCAGAAGGUGUGCCUGAUGGGCGGCGUCAUCACCGCCGUGCUCAUCUGGGCCGUGGGCAUCUGGGAGAGGGGCAUCCGCUGGCCGAGGCGGUGGUUCGCCAUCUCCAACCGCGGCCUGCGCCCCUUCAACUGCAAGCUCGUCCUGGCCCGGAGGCCGUGGUACGCCGAGGCCGUCUCCACCAUCGCCUUCUUCCUCACCUACGGGCUCUUCUCCCACACGUCGUCGUCCUCCUACCGAUACGUCGACGCAGGCCUCCUCCGCGAGGUCCAGCGCGAGCUCAACCUCUCCGGCGACGCCCACCCCACCCUCAUCGCUCCGCCACCGCCCUCCUCGUCAUCCGCAUCCCGUGUCGCCACCUCCACCGGCCCCGGCGGCGAAGACGACAUGCUGGGCCACGAGGAAGACCUCGCCCCGGGGGGGGACUAUGUCAAGCUCCUCCUCCUCGCCAAGCCCUUCUCCCCCACCUUCCGCGAGAACUGGGAGCUCUACCGCACAGAGUACUGGGAGCGCGAGAACGAGCGGAGGGCCCUCCUCCGCGCCAAGGUCAAGGAGCACGACCGCGCUCUGGCCAAGCAGCGUUACGGCUGGCUGUGGUGGCUCCCGGGACGACGUGUCGUCACCCGUCCCUCGCCAUCUUCCUCCUCUUCCUCGGGAAACAACGCCAAGAUGAACAAUACGAGCGGCAUCAGCAAUAACAACCUCCUCCACCCCAACGCCCGUCAUCACGGCCACAAUCAUCAUCCCGCCGACCGCAAACGCCGCAGCAGCAGCAGCAAUACCAGCGCCCGCGCCCGCCGCGGCUCCACCUCGUCCUCGCGCAGCGCCGCCUCCACCGCGGCCGGGACGGGCGCAGCGGCCGCCGGCCUCGACUCCUCGGACGACGGUAAACCGUCUCGUAGGCUGAGCGCCUCGUCCUCGGCGUCGUCGUCCACGGCCGGCCCCGUAGGCAGAACACGAAAGCAGGCAUCCGUGUCAUCGAGGCCGAAGAAGCCCGUCGGCGCCGCCGGUGCCGCCUCCGCCGUGUCCGCCGCAGACUCCCGCUCCGUCACACCCGAUAUCCCCUCCCCCCUCGCCAUGGAGAGGAGCAUAUCUUCCGAGUCGCAUGGGUCCGAGCCCAAUUCUAGUAGGAGACUCACCAGGAGUGCGUCUAGGUCAAAGGGUGUUUCUCCGUAA